GUUUGUUGUUGGCCAAGUUUACAGGGCGGAAGACGCCCUGCAUGAGAAGGCUGCUGCCGCCGCUUGUUCUUCUGCUGCUGCUUUUUUUUUUCCACCGUUUUGUAGUGCGUCACUCAAAACUGUAAGAAAAGGUCGUUGCUCCAGGGAGAACUGCAAGUAUCUUCACCCACCCCCACACUUAAAAACGCAGUUGGAGAUCAAUGGGCGCAAUAACUUGAUUCAGCAGAAGAACAUGGCCAUGUUGGCCCAGCAGAUGCAACUAGCCAACGCCAUGAUGCCCGGCACCCCGCUGCAGCCUGUGCCAAUGUUUUCAGUUGCACCCAGCUUAGCCACCAAUGCAUCAGCAGCCUUUAAUCCCUACCUGGGACCUGUGUCCCCCAGCCUGGUUCCAGCAGAGAUCUUGCCGACGGCACCCAUGUUGGUUACUGGGAAUCCUGGAGUGCCCGUGCCUGCAGCUGCCGCGGCUGCCGCACAGAAGCUGAUGCGGACGGACAGACUGGAGGUGUGUCGAGAGUACCAGCGUGGCAACUGCAACCGAGGAGAGAACGACUGCCGGUUUGCCCACCCUGCCGACAGUACGAUGAUUGACACCAACGACAACACGGUCACCGUCUGUAUGGAUUACAUCAAAGGGCGAUGCUCGCGGGAAAAGUGCAAAUACUUUCACCCUCCUGCCCAUCUGCAAGCCAAGAUCAAGGCUGCCCAAUACCAGGUCAACCAGGCUGCAGCGGCACAGGCCGCAGCGACCGCAGCGGCCAUGACUCAGUCGGCUGUCAAAUCACUGAAGCGACCCCUCGAGGCAACCUUUGACCUGGGAAUUCCUCAAGCUGUUCUUCCCCCAUUACCAAAGAGGCCUGCUCUUGAAAAAACCAACGGUGCCACCGCAGUCUUUAACACUGGCAUUUUCCAGUACCAACAGGCUCUGGCCAACAUGCAGUUACAGCAGCACACGGCGUUCCUCCCGCCAGCUAUUUUAUGAUACUUCUCUGCUGUAAGACCCCUUUGCCUUCAUGAUUCCGUAGGAGUUCAUUUGAAUAAUAUGAAAUGAUUCAUUUUGAUCAUUUUUCAGCAUUUUUGUUUUCAAAGUGGGCAAUAGAAAAACCGAUCAUGUGUUUCAGAGCUCCAAAAACAUGCUUUUCUUAGUACCAAUGGGUACCCUGCUCAAAGUCAUCAUUGCUCACAAGCUGUCAUGGGGAGAGCCCCAUGUGACAGCAGCAUUGAUUUAUUAUUGUGGUGUAGAGGUGUGAUUCCAGUUCACCUCCUGCUUCUCUCACAGACACACUCUGCAGCCAUUCACACGGACCAAGGGCUGGAAACACAGGCUAGCAGCUCAUCUACACACGGGGGAGUUUGCCGCUUUCACACACUCAGGGUUCAUUUCAGAGGAUUCAUACUAAACUCUGUAAUCUGCAGGUUAACCAGACAAGCACUCCAAAUCUGAUUUUCCUCUUUACUUCUUAACCUUUACUUUAAAAAAUACCACAAGCCUUAGAGAUUUUAAUCAAUAAAAUAAUUUUACUGAUUUAAUCAGUGCCCAGGUGUUUAUGUCAAAGAUUCAGUCCCUUCUACCAUAUUGGCAGUGUGUUGGGUUUAUAAUGCUAGGAGAGAAUGCCAAACUUUGUUUUUCAUUUGCUACCAAAAGAAUGUACUCACGUUAACUUUUACUGGUUAGCACAACUUUUAUAUAGCACAUCUUUGAAAACUGGCAGUCCACCUGUAGUAAGAGUCAGUUAGCUAGAAUAUUGUGUCCCCUGCACAAUGAACAAAAUGAUAUUUAUACUCAUGAAAUAGCAUCUAUUCAGUUGCAGUUUUUCCCUAUUAAAUAGAAAGAAAACAAAUUUGGUUUAUAGCAUAUUUGUCAUAUUCUGAGGGAAAAUUCACAUUUUAUGCCUUUGUUGCAACGUAUAUAGUUUUUGGACACUUCUAGAAAUUAAUCUUCUUGCUUCUUGAUAAGUUUCUCUGUCCCUAGAUUUUUGCUGUUUCCAACAAACAAUCCAUCAAAUUUUAUGAACUCAGAUCACUCAACAAAGUCUGAAGGGAUUGUAGGUGACUGUCACAUAAUCUCUUUGAAGCAACUUUUAAUUUGUCAGUUUACUUCACAGAAUAAAACAUUAUCAUUAGAAAUGACAGUUUCCCUAUUUAAAAUCUAAAAAUGAAAACAAAUUUAUCUUCUUCCAUAUGUUAUUUAAAGGGAACUGAAAGAACCUGUCUCCUCAGACGAGUUCUGCCUUAGUUUCUGCAACAGCAUUCAGCUGGUGCUCUUCUGAGCGGAGCCAUCAGAGUGUGAGACGUGUGACCCUAGAUUAUGACAUCAGUGUCUCCCUUGUUAGCCUGUGGAUAGAGCAAGGUAAGGUACAGAGAGAUGUUAGGAAAGGGUCAGGUCAGGGCUGGGGCUGGGGCUCAGUGGUAGGGCACUCACCUACCACUAGCUUGCGUGAGGCGCUGGGUUCGAUCCUCAGCACUGCAUAUAAAUGAAUGAAUAAAAUAAAGGUCCAUCAACAACUAAAAAAAAAAUAUAAAAAAAAGAAAGGGUCAAGGCAGGGAAAACAGCAAACACAUUCAUAAACCAGAAUUCGAACAUCCCUCGGUUCUUGAAAGUUAAGCAUUGCUAAUUGAAAUAAAAUGUGCUACAGUAUCUUGAGAAAUUAGGAUGGAGUUAUACUUUUCAUUUAUGAUGUAUUUUGUAUCAGGGAUAGUGAGUUCUGGAUGUUUGUAGUUAAAGUUUAUAAUUAAUAUAAAACUGUUUCCAGAGUAAUAUAAAAUAGCAUUUAUUUGCAACCAAGUUUUAAAGUGCUAAAGCUUCAGGUUAACCUCUUUAUUACUCACAUAACUGGAAGUAGGUAGCUGCCUUUGUGAGUCUUUAAAAAUGCUUUCGCUCUGACAAGUGUGCCUGAGUGAGUUCAACGUGGGCAGCGCACCCUUAUUCUGCCAGAGCUCUGUGUCAGUCAGAAAGGACAGCGUAACCCGAGACCGGCAGGCAGCAGCCCGCCCGAGGGAGGGCUGAGUCAACAGUAACGGGAGAUCAGUGUAUUUCAUCCCAGUAGCAUGAAGCAGGGCUGCUAAGUCCUCACGGCAGGUGACUGCACACAGGGAGGUUGCUGGCAGACCGUCAUGGUGCAGUGUCAGUCCAACCAGGUGACUAAGAAAUGACCACGUACCAUGACUUUUAAGAACAGAGGAGGUCUCGGUAGCAUCUGCCCAGCUAAGCCCCGGGCAUACAGGCAUCCCUGCUGUCCAUCCCUCCAUCCGUCUGCUCUUCCAUCGCUCCUUCAGUCCCAGCUCCCUUUCCCUCUCCUCUCUUUGGCCUUCCCUCCAUCUUUCCCUUCAUUCAGUCAGCAGACCCUGAUCUUACGCCUUGCCAUGCCGUGUGUCCACGUCCACUCGCAGCUCUAGGGGAAGGUCUAGGACGCAGACAUGUUCAGAGAGAGUCUCAGUGUGAAUCCUGUGGGAGGCGCAGAUGCUCCGCACGCCCGCACUCCUGGCUGCUUCUCACCUUUUUCAAGGACACUCCUAUUUUGUGGUCACACUGAGUCGCCUGUGCUCCAUGCUUCACCUACAUUAUCUCGUUUUUUCCUGCCAGCAACCUCAAAAGAUGGCCGUAACACUCCAGGUUUAACAGUGAGCUGUCCAGGGCCAACAGAGGCCCAGCAGUUUGCUUAUUACAGAAGUACAUACAGAAUGACUCAGGAGAAGGGGACCAGCUCUUACUACUCACCUAAAUCCUUGCAUAAUGUCUCACAUCCUCCAUUUUAUUUAAAGAUAAAUAUUAUAUGAAAUUCACAUUGAAUUUUUUUUUUCAAUUUUAAGUGUAUACUGCUCUUUUUUUGAAGUGUUCACCCUUUAGGACUCAAUUGAUUAUUGAUACAGUUUGUGCAUAAUCUAGGGCCUACUUCUGAUGUAGGUAUGAAUUUAAUUUCACCCUAUAAUGAGAGUAUGUCAGAAAUAUCGUUUUAUUUACAUGGUUUCUUUUUCUUGAAUUUAAAUCCAGUGCAACUCUCAACUCCAGGUUGUCUUCCUGGGGAGUAACAGGCAUCUCAGGCCUCCUCUCCGAUGUCCGUCCUCCUUGCUCCUGGUCCCAGGGUGGACCUGUGCAGUCCCCUGACAUCAGCUGGCCCCCCUUUCCAUUCUUCAGCCACCAGGGCUCCCCGCUGAUGCUCUCAGUGCAGGCGGCCAGAGCUCUCUAAGACAGGUCCCAGGUCUGAGCCUGCCAGGCCCCAGCCCCUGCCCUUCAGGACCUGCCCCUCGCAGGCUGUAGUGAGAGCAUGGGCUUCCUGCACACGCACACUGCCCUGGCCCCCUUAGAGCCUUGAGGACAUCCGUGUUCUCCGCCCCCCAGUGCCAUCUCUGCCUGCCUGCUGUCUCAGAAGCACACCUGUCUUCUCUGUCCCUGACCACACGUCCCUCCGUCAGCGUGGGCUGUGGCUCAUGUUACCACUACUAGAAAUAGGAACCCAGAAGGCCAGGGAACUUCCUUAGGUGGUGGGGAGGUGGAGUGGUGGGGAGAUAAAAGACAAGGCAAAGAUUUCCAGCUUGUUGCUUUUAUUAUAAUUAGUAAAUGUAAAUACAAUUAUUUAUAAUUACAUAAUUAUAUAAUCAAUAAAAGUUUAUAAUAAAAAGUAGAAGGUGCUGCUUACUUUGGAUAACUCAGUCUUGAUAAUUCAAUUGGCUGUGAGUUUUUACUCCUAAAAUGAUAUGCAUUAAUUUUAGGAGAUCUUAAGUCAGCUUCAUGAUUCUCACAAUAAACCUAAAGAGGCCUGAAUUAUUACACGGAAAUUUCAGCUUCCCAGCAAAGCCCUGUUACAGUUCUUUUUCUUUCUUCUACUUCUUUCUUUUCUCCUUAAAGUACUUUUAACUGUGCAUACAUUCCAUUUUAAAUUAGCAUGCUGUUGUUUUUCCUGCAUCUUCACACACAUCAAUUAAAAAUAUAAUUUAAAAAAUUGUGUAACUAAAACAGCACAUUCCACAGAAACACACCAUUCUGCUGCACAAAGAUCUUUGUAGAGGAAAUUGGAGAUUGAUAAAUACAUUCACUUAAAUUUUGCCUUGUACUGAAAAGCAAGGAAAAAACUUAAAUUGGCUAUUAUAGUGCAUCUUUAUUAGUAAAUGAAACCAUUUGAAGUAAAGAUGAAUAUUAUGGUCAUUUCCAAAAUGCUUUUUGCUCAUGGUAAGUGGGUCCUACAGCAUUAUGUCUCCAUAUCUGUGAGUUUUUUGCACCCUGGCUAGUAUUUUCAUUGCUGCCUUAUGUUUAUUUGCUGCAAAUUCCCCUCAGAACUGUGUGCACUGGUUUUAAUGGUAAUGAGGAAGACAGUCAAAUGAAAGUGGAACACUCUAGGUUCUAGCGAGAUGGUGGAAGGUCACCUCCUUUCCAUGGGCAGACUUACUCACGCAGGGUGGGAUACACAGGCAGAUUGCAGCAUAGCGGUAAACGGUCAGUUUAGAAGGGCCAACCUGCACCGGAUUAAACUGGCUUUAGGAUUCCUUAAAUACCAGGUUACUCUUCCCUUCAGCUUUUCUUUCCCAGUCCUCCUGCCCUACCACUAGGGGAAGAGGGUUUCACAAAAGCUAGACCUGGUAUUCAGUUUUGCUUGCUCUCCUGUUUCUGAUCACCUUCAUUCUUGUUAUUGGCUUGUCUCCGUUGCCUUUCACAAGUCUGGGACUCAGUAGUAGUAGCAAACACCAGGGUCGUCCCAUGUCUUAAAGAGUACCUGCUCUAUCACGGUACUCCUCCUGAAGGGGUGCUACCCUCCACCAUCCUGGGCCUGAUCACUGAUCCUGUGGCCACCGUCUAAUUGUGAACAUAGACUAAUUGCAGCUGGAACAGGAGGGCCAGUUAAGUGUCCCCACUUCAGCUGGCUCUCAGCGGCAGCUUUGUUUUAUAAGGCCACCUCUCACAAAGCUCAGUUGGCAGAUUUUUUCUCUGACAAAUGUUCAUCCCAGAUGCUGCUAGUAUUUAAACAGGAUGUGCCAAGAUUUAGAUAGAAAUAUAAAAUCAUUUGAUAUUUUGAAGCCUAGAAAUCUAAAAUAAUCUCACAGAAAGAACAGUAGAUCUCCAUAUGGGAAAGUGCCCUGCUCUUGGUAAAAAUAAAUAGAUUUUCAAUAUUUAUAUGUCAGAAAGAACAGGAGCUAUACGUGGAGCAUUUAUUUUUACUUACCAUGGUCAAACAAUUGUGAACAUCAGUGCUGACACCCUAUAUGUGAUGCAUGCAUCUUCAUUAUCUCCCGUUCAGGGGUCUGUUGAAGUCUAAUUAGCAAUUUCUUAUGUGUGGAAUUUUGUAAAACAUUGACUACUCCAAGAAGUCUUGAUCAGGCUCUAAACCAGCAGUGAAAUCCAGGUUCUUUUCCCAGACACCUACCAAGGAAACCCAUUGGAGACUCCAUUGGAGACUUAAAAUAAAUCCCCUUCCCUCCGUUAGUGCUUUUUCUACAUUUUAAUUCCAAAGUAAGGCAAUAAAGAAGUUUCGCUUUCUUUUUAUGUAUAAUUGAUUGCUUGCUAUCCCUCCAAAUAAGAUUUCUGUAGGAUGAUCGUAGCCCCUGUGGGUCUGUGUGGUUGCUGCGUCAGUGGACAGAGGGGAAAAGCUCAGGGAAUUAAAGUGAAUGUUUUGGUCUUGUUACAUUGUUCAGUCAGUUUUUGUGCAUUAAUAUUUAGCAUUUUAGUAAUACAUAAUACCUCGAAUUAUUUAGCAUGUGUUCGAUCUAAAGAAAACGUCAAUAUAUUCAUAUGUCAGAGUCAGAAAUAGCAAACAGCCAGAUGGCUAGGAACCAGAUUCAAGCAAAGCCAAUUAAAAUAUUAUUUUAAAAAGAAUUAAGCAGGUUUAAGUUUUUCCAAAAUACUUUAUUUCUAGGUGGUAAUUAAGAGAAACAAAGUGUCCUGGCACACAGUUAACUGGCCUUUAUUCUUCCCUGGAGACUAGUUCUGAUUGAGCACUGUGCUGUUGUGUGAUUUGAUUGUGCUGACAGUUACAUGCCACUGUCCCAUAAUAACAGUUUUUCUUCUUUGUUCAAAUGGAUUUCCUAAUGACACGUGUGAUGGGAUGUCUUAAUUCUUUUCCCUUUUCAAAUCCACCUUCCUGUUGCAAUGCAUGAU